AUGGCACAGUACGGAUACGGCGGGCGACCGAAUCCCUUUGAUGACCGAGGAGGCAACAACAACGGCGGUGGUUUUGGUGGCGGGUUACCCUCGGGCCCAAGAGCCGGCGGCGCUCGUAACAAUGCAUACGGCGGCGGUGGUGGUGGAGGAGGAGGAGGAGGAAACCAGUAUGGUGCGAACCCUUUUAAUGAUCCCAGUGAAUAUGGAUCAAACAACGUCGAGAUGUCGUCGUUUUCGCAGAACGCCAACCCCAACGCCAUUCUGAACGAGUGUGCCGACAUUGGCCGCGGCAUCGAUACGAUAGACCAGAACCUGAACCAGAUGAGGAUGCUGCAGGACCGCUCGCUCAACGACGCCGACAGCUCGGCCGGCAGCAACACCAACCGCCAGCUGGACGGCCUCAGCAGCGACACCAUGUCGCACUACCGCACCCUCGUGGACCGCGUGCGCAUGCUCAAGAGCAACCCCGAGAGCGGCACGCCCAAGAACAAGGCCCAGGUCGACCGCAUCGACCGCCGCCUGAAGGACGCCAUCCGGGAGUACCAGAGAGUCGAGGCCGACUUCCGCAAGAAGAACCAGGACCAGAUGGCCCGGCAGUACAGGAUAGUGAGGCCCGAGGCCGACGAGAACGAGGUGCGAGCCGCUGUCGACGACCCGAGUGGCGGCCAGAUCUUCCAGCAGGCCCUGAUGCAGAGCAACCGACGCGGCCAGGCCCAGUCGGUGCUGAGCGCCGUGCAGGACCGCCACGCGCAGCUGCAGAAGAUCGAGCAGCAGCUCAUCGAGCUGGCCCAGCUGUUCCAGGACAUGGACACGCUCGUCGUCCAGCAGGAGGAGCUGGUCACGGACAUCACGCAGAAGGCCGAGGAGACGGUCGACAACUUCGACAAGGGCAACGUCGAGAUGAACACAGCCAUCACCACGGCCCGGAAGACCCGCAAGAAGAAGUGGAUGUGCCUGGGUAUCUGCGUGGCCAUCAUCAUCGUCAUCGCCAUCAUUGUCGUGGUGUACAUCUUCGUCACGGGCAAGAACAAGCCGGCCCAAAACGCCAAGCGCUUCAUCGAGGACGCCCAGGGCCUGGUCACGCGCGCCGUCGGCAACACGGUGCAGAUGGCCGAGAAGCGCGACAUCAAGCUCUUCCGCGGCCAGACGGCUCGCCCGCACGCCCGCUCUUGGCUCGAGCACGCCGGAAAGCGCUGGGUCACCAAGAACGACCCGCCGUCGGACAUGAUGUCGUAA